AUCGCUUAACCAAAAUAAAAAGUGAAAAUCCAAAACACUUCAAUUUUGUCAACAUUUCAUUGAUUUAUCUCCCUUUACCAUCGUUUAACCAUUUGCGAAUUCUAUACUUAAAUGGUGAUAUGCAUAAGCACAAGAGAUAAGAAUGCCACUGUGGACUGUUCAUCUUGAGGGUGGGCCCCGACGUGUCAAUCAUGCUGCUGUUGCCAUCGAAGACAAGAUCUACUCAUUCGGAGGCUAUUGCACUGGGGAGGACUAUGAGACAAUCAGACCGAUGGAUGUUCACAUUUUAGACACAGUAUCCUACAGAUGGAAAGCUGUCCCUAUCCCAGUACCAGAAGACCCUCAGUACAAGAACAUACCGUACCAGCGCUAUGGUCACACAGCAGUAGCAUAUAAGGACUGUGCAUAUAUAUGGGGCGGAAGGAACGAUAGUCAGGGAGCAUGCAACAAGUUGUAUUGUUUUGAUGCAAGUACUCUAAAGUGGAUCAACAUUGAAGUGACUGGUCCUUUACCUGCUGCCAGAGAUGGCCAUUCUGCUUGUGUCAUCCAAGAAAAAAUCUACAUAUUUGGAGGAUAUUUAGAAUGGCUGGACAGAUUUAGUAAUGGUGUGCACACAUACAGUUUUCCAACACAACAAUGGGAGCUACUGCUGGCAACAGGUUCCCCCGCCCGGUGGAGAGACUUCCAAUCAGCAUGUGGUAUUGACAACCUGAUGUUCAUCUUUGGUGGCCGCAGUGAUAGAGCUGGACCGUUUCAUACCAAUCAUGAGAUCUAUUGCAAUAAAAUUCAGGCAUUUAAUAUCGGUGAUAACCAUUGGCAUGAACCAGCUACAACUGGUCUUGCACCAGUGGGACGAAGGAGUCAUUCUUGUUUUGUGUAUAAAAAGCAGCUGUACAUAUUUGGUGGUUACAAUGGAAUUCAUGAUGUUCACUUUGAUGAUAUCUACAAGUACGAUCCAGCCACAAAUCAUUGGUCUGUUGUCAAAGUAAAAAACCGAGGCCCUUGUCCAAGGCGGAGACAGUGUUGUUGUGUAAUAGAUGACAGAGUUUUCUUAUUCGGUGGAACUAGUCCAUGUGAGGAGCCAAUGGAAGGAACAGAUUCUGACUCAGAUCUCAUGGAUCACUCCGAUCUUCAUGUGCUGGACUUCUCUCCAAGCUUGAAAACUCUGUGCCAACUUGUUGUUCUGGAACUCAAACUUGACACAAAGUACUUACCAAGGGACAUACACUGGGAGCUCACUGCAAUGACAACAAACAACAACAUCAGUCGAGCUGUCAAUUCGAAUGGAUGAGGAUGCAAAGAUCAACAGGAUUUUAUUUUCUCAUCUUAUAUUUUCAUACAUGGACAAAACAGUGUUUAUUUAUCAUAAUAUAGAUGCAUGUAUUUAUUGAAGCAAUUUAUUCAGUGCUAAUAACAUCAGAAGAAAGUUUUGUCUAUCAUCACUCGUCAUAGUAAUCUUUUGUUUAAAAAACUAGAUCUUCUGCUGUGGAGUUGAUAAUGAGCUUGGCAGUCAGCAUAUUAGACAGUAUAUUGGGAGGUAAUGCGCAGUAUGGCAUGGAAAAAGUGUUAUGCAAAGGAUAGAGCCAUACUCCUAGUCACUUAUCGGAGGUGUAGUCAGAUGGCUUGGGGAACCAGUGAAAAAUCAGUUGGGGAUAGAUUCAGCUGAUGAGCAUUAUUGAGAAAAAAGACUGUCUUGUCAUGAAAGAGAUGAUGUGAAGGAUGUUGUUUGUGUUACCGACAGAGUUGGUUUAUAUUUGACUACACGCUGUAGUAGUAAGCUUGUCAGACUGGUUCAGUUUUAUUGUACAUGUAAUGUGCAUUUAGGCGUGCGUUUUGUUUUAUUUCAUAACUGAAGUUAUUUUUAGCUAAACAGUGUUCCUCCAAUUCCAAGGUGCCUUCACAGGCCACAUCAUGUUGCUUUUACUCAGACAUUUACAUUUACACAUCUUGUUUAGAAUUCAGCUGCAGAGUAGACUGGAUAUUAUGUAUUUAUAGCAUGCACUGUGCAUUUGGAUAAUGUUUUGACCUCAUAAUAGUCAAAAGGUCUGAUUCCUCAAUAGCGGGAACCGUGGAAACACUCACGAAACUGUGUGGUUAUCACAGCUGUUAAAUACAUUUUUGAUGUGAGUUAUUGAUGUGGCAAUUGUAAUUGACCUCAAAGACUGUGGAAUGCAGGAAUCAGACCUUCAAUCUCACUGUUUUGAGCUUUUGCAGUUUUGCAGUAUUUUAGUAAUAUGCAAGAGACUCGUUUAGGUUUGGUUCAGGUUGCCUGGAUAGUAAAAAACGAAAUGACUGAAAAAGGCAUUUGAAAGUCCUAGUCCAGAGUAUUAUAUGAAGACGAAAGUCAUAUUUCUGCAAGUGUAAUUACAAUGAUUUUCAUGAUUUUCUAUGGUGUCAGAAACUUUUAGGUUCUGGUUUCAUUUGCAUCCUUGAUUCAUGCGGCACAUUAGAAACAAUGUGAGUAUCUCAUGAGAAAACGUUUUGAAGAUAUUUGCUCAGCAAAAUCAGUUGGACGUAUGUGUGAAUUUGCGUACCAUUAUUUUACAUGCAGAUAACAUAUGAUUUCAGCUUUGAUUUACAACUAAAAUAAUCAUGUGUUUGUACCUUGUAGACCAUGCAACAGCACAAUUGUUUGCCGCAUCAUGAUCUCAACAUAUUUUAUUCAAAUAAGGAAUUUGGACAAAUAGUCAAAUGGUUUAUAAUAUGGUGAACAAGAGUGCUUGUGUCCAUGGAAGUGCAGACUCUUUUGAAGCAAGAAGUGCUUGCAUUGGAUCUGUAUAUCCAUGUACCAGUAGUAUGUUGUGCCAUAAUUCUACUAUUACAUAUAUAUAGCUUCAAUUGUCACAAUUUCUUUGAAAAACUUGUACAGAUAAUCAUGUUUAGUUACUGUAUUUAUCAAAAAU